AUGAGGAAGCAGAACUGCGGUAGACCAUUUGUGCUCCGCAGCAUUCACUAUGCAGCAGCAUUCCGCAGCAACUUAGAAGCCAUUUCAAGCAUGGCACGGAGCAACAUGGCGGACAUGGCGCUGGCUGGGGUGAAAGUCUUGGAACUCGAAGGUAUUGGCCCUUGCCCUUUAGCUGCUUGUGUUCUGGCAGAUUUUGGAGCCGACGUCGUGACGGUGUGCAAAGCGCAGGGCGGUAUCGUUCUAUCACAGCAAGAUCCCGUUUCAAGGGGAAAGCGAUCUAUUGCAAUUGACAUCAAAUCUCGAGAGGGCGUCAAGGUUCUCAAACGUUUAGCAGCAUCAGCAGAUGUAUUUUUGGAGCCCUUCCGACCUGGGGUCGUAGAGAAGCUUGGCAUUGGUCCAGAAGUCUUAUGCUCGGUGAACCCAAAGCUCAUCUAUGGCAGGAUGACAGGAUUCGGUCAAGGUGGUAGUGAAUACCGUCAAAUGGCAGGCCACGACAGCAAUUACAUUGCGUUGUCAGGAUUGCUGGACUUCUUCAGACGUGGCACUGAGAAGCCUUUCCCGCCCGCCAACUUCGCUGGAGACUACGCAGGUGGAGGAAUGAUAUUGGCAAUGGGUGUGCUCUUGGCGCUCCUUGAGAGACAGAGAAGUGGACAAGGGCAAGUCAUUGAUGCAGCCAUGUUGGACGGUGCAAAUUACACGGCUCUUCCCCUCUUUAAAUGGGCGCAGGGCGGCAAAUUUGUUCCCGUUAGCAAAGACGGCCAUCUUGCAGCCUCUGAUUUUGUUCUUUGUCAAGCUCCUCCAUGGUCUGAUGUGUAUCUCUGCAAAGAGGAUCCUGCAAAGCCGGGAACCAGACAAUACAUCACAGUUCAAGCAAUCGAACCACAGUUUUACGCCGAGUUGCUGAAAGGCCUUGGGCUUCAGGACGCAGCUCUUCCUGCUCAGUAUGACCGCAAGGCUUGGCCAGAAAUGAAGUUGCAGUUUGCCCGCAUUUUUGAGCAAAAGACCCGAAAUGAAUGGGCCGAAAUUUUUAAAGGAACUGACGCUUGCUGCGUACCAGUUCUGAAUCCUGCAGAAGCGGCAGCCCAUGAGCACAAUCGACUGCGGGGCAGUUUUGAAGCGACUCCUGGUUCGCCCGGAUUUUAUGAACCAGCACCUGCCCCCAAGUUGUCACGUACACCCGGUCACGUGCCCAGACCUUCUCCCAUCCCUGGCGGCGACACUCGCAAAGUGCUGCUCGAGAACGGCUUCUUAAAAGAAGAGGUCGAGUUGCUGCUAAACGAUGGUACACUUUCUGAAGGAAAGGGCCAGACCUCGAAGCUUUGA